AAAACCUGGCUCAAUGUCAGGCAUGCUAGUUCCCUUUAUAUUAUCCUAUUCAUAAGCUUGUCAUUUUUUCUUGGGUCUGACACAAAUUUUGGUGAAUGGAAAGCAAGAAGUGGUUUUCUUUCUUGUUUUGAAAAUCACUGCAAAGGAAAGAACAUCCUUUUGAGAACUGGUUCAUGGUAGUUCCAAUUGAAUGGAGAUGCCAAGAGGAGAAGUUGCUCUAUGUUUUGUGACAUUGUUCUUCUUGUUUUGGAGCUCUGCAAUUGCUGUGCUCUCUCCUAAGGGUAUAAACUUUGAAGUGCAAGCUUUAAUUGGCAUAAAAGCUUCUCUUGUGGAUCCUCAUGGUGUUCUAGAGAACUGGGAUAGGGAUGCAGUUGAUCCUUGUAGCUGGAAUAUGGUCAUGUGCUCCCCAGAAAACCUUGUCAUUAGUCUGGGCAUUCCCAGUCAAGGUUUAUCUGGUAUUCUAUCUCCAAGCAUAGGAAACCUCACAAAUCUUCAGACUGUAGGGCUACAGAAUAACAACAUAAAUGGCCCAAUCCCUUCAAAGUUGGGAAAACUUUCCAAGCUUCAAACUCUUGAUCUCUCUGAUAAUUUCUUCAGUGGGGAAAUUCCUCCAUCUCUGGGUCAUCUGAGAAGCCUCCAGUACUUGCGGCUCAACAAUAACAGUUUUACUGGGGAAUGCCCAGAGUCACUGGCUAACAUGACAGAGCUAGCUUUUCUGGACCUGUCCUUCAACAAUCUGAGUGGCCCUGUUCCUAGAAUUUUGGCCAAAUCAUUCAGUAUUGUUGGAAAUCCCCUUGUCUGUGCUACAGGAAAAGAAGCACACUGCCCUGGGAUGACACCCAUGCCUAUGUCCAUGAAUUUAAACAGCACUGAGGAUGCUGCUAUACAAUCUGGCAGACCAAAAACUCACAAAAUGGCCAUCGCCUUUGGUUCGAGUCUGGGGUUCCUCUGCUUGAUAGUUCUUGGUUUUGUACUUGUUCUGUGGAGGAGGCACAAGAAUAAUCAACAAGCAUUCUUUGAUGUUAAAGACCGGCAUCAUGAAGAAGUCUACCUAGGAAACUUGAAGAGGUUCAUAUUAAGAGAACUCCAGAUUGCCACUAACAACUUCAGCAACAAACAAAUCCUGGGAAAGGGUGGUUUUGGAAAUGUCUACAAAGGAGUUCUCUCAGAUGGAACUUUUGUAGCUGUCAAGAGGCUUAAAGAUGGCAGUGCCAUUGGGGGAGAGAUACAAUUUCAGACCGAAGUCGAAAUGAUCAGCUUGGCAGUGCACCGGAAUCUCCUGAAACUGUAUGGGUUUUGUGUGACACCAACAGAAAGGCUUCUGGUUUACCCUUACAUGUCCAAUGGCAGUGUUGAUUCUCGUCUCAAGGGUGAGCUAAAUUGUAAACCUGUCUUGGACUGGAGGACUAGGAAGCAAAUUGCCUUAGGAGCAGCAAGGGGAUUGUUAUACCUUCAUGAGCAGUGUGAUCCAAAGAUAAUCCAUAGAGAUGUGAAAGCUGCAAAUAUAUUGCUUGAUGAUUAUUGUGAGGCAGUUGUUGGAGAUUUUGGGUUGGCAAAGCUUUUAGAUCACAAAGAUUCACAUGUCACAACUGCUGUAAGGGGCACUGUGGGGCACAUUGCACCAGAAUAUCUCUCCACAGGACAGUCUUCUGAAAAGACUGAUGUCUUCGGAUUUGGCAUUUUGCUUCUUGAAUUGGUCACUGGCCACAGAGCUCUAGAAUUUGGGAAGGUAGCAUACCAAAAAGGAGCCAUGCUUGAUUGGGUAAAGAAAAUUCAUCAGGAGAAGCAACUUGAGUUGCUUAUUGACAAGGAUCUGAAGAACAACUAUGACAGGAUUGAGCUGGAGGAAAUGGUUCAAGUGGCACUCUUGUGCACACAAUAUCUUCCAGGGCACAGACCCAAAAUGUCUGAAGUUGUACGCAUGCUUGAAGGUGAUGGGCUAGUAGAUAAAUGGGAAGCAUCACAAAAUGCUGACACAACUAAGUGCAAACCACAUGAGCUCUCUGCAUCAAAUAGAUAUUCUGAUCUUACUGAUGACUCUUCAUUUUUAGUCCAGGCCAUGGAGCUCUCAGGUCCAAGGUGAAAGUUUUCUAGUCACAUUUAGUUUUUUUUUGUUCUAGUUUUCUAAAGGAACCAGAUGAAAUGCUUUUAUAUGUUGUGGGAUAGAAGUCUUCAAAGCUGAAAAGGGCUCUUAUUUUCCCCAAAUGUACAGAUACUUCUUUGUUGAGCAUGAAUUUGUAAUGCAAAAUUUUGGAGUAA